ACCAGACUCAGGACAAGGGGAGGUCUGGAGAGCCACCUAGGACCUGCUGAGGGUACAGGGCCUGAAGGACACUGGGUUGACCCAACACUAUGGUGUGCCCAGGUGGAUAGCUUGGGCUCUGCCAGCACAGGACUAGGCAUAGAAGAGGCAAGAAUGCCUGGGAGGAAGUGGUGGGGCCGGGUUGUCCCCAGCCUGCUGCUCUGUCCUGCCCAGGCUUUGUCUGGCCCUGGUUUCUGUCUGCCUAGACUGACCAGGCUCCUGGGCUCUUGCUGGCCAUGGCCACGCCCCUCUGUCGUGCCCCCUCCACUAAGUAGGGGCGGGGAGAUCGAGCCAGUCUUCCUCUCCCCGACCAGCCUCUGAGCCAGCCUCUGAGCCAGCGGAAAGGGGCUGAUAAAAGCUCCGCAGUUCCUUUCCACACACCAGCCCGGCUGACAGACCUGCCAGCACCAUGAAGGACGACCUGGCUCUUCUGGCCACUGUCACCCUCCUGGGAGUCCUGCUGCAAGCCUACUUCUCCCUGCAGGUGAUCUCUGCACGCAGAGCCUUCCGCGUGUCACCGCCGCUCACCACCGGCCCGCCUGAGUUCGAGCGUGUCUACCGAGCCCAAGUGAACUGCAGCGAGUACUUCCCGCUGUUCCUCGCCACGCUCUGGGUCGCUGGAAUCUUCUUUCACGAAGGUGCGGCGGCCCUGUGCGGUUUGGUCUACCUUUUCGCGCGUCUCCGCUACUUUCAGGGCUACGCGCGCUCGCCGCAGCAAAGGCUGGCUCCCCUGUACAUGAGCGCGAGCGCGCUCUGGCUGCUGGUAGCGCUGGCGGCGCUCGGCCUGCUAGUCCACUUUCUCCCGGCCGCGCUGCGCGCCUCGCUCCUUGGACCGUUCCGGACGCUGCUGCCCAGGGUUUGAGAUGGAGGACGCCAGGUCGACGGAACGGGAGAAAAGCCAGAGCUUCCGGGAGGACAUGGGAGGGGGUGCUCUCUUUAGCUUUAAUCUUCAAUUAAAGUGCCGGUGACCGGG